AUGCCAGCCAUCGAGUCCGGCAAGGUCCUCGUCUCCGGCGCGAACGGCUACAUCGCCGUCUGGGUCGUCAAGACCCUCCUCGACCGCGGCUUCACCGUCCGCGGCACGGUCCGCGCGGAGAGCAAGGGCGCGCACCUCCGCACGCUCUUCGCCGACGCGGGCGACAAGCUCGAGCUCGUCGUCGUCGAGGACAUCACCGUCCCCGGCGCGUUCGACGCCGCCGUCCAGGGCGUCGACGCCAUCCUCCACACCGCCUCCCCCUUCCACUUCCACGCCGACGACCCCGCGGAGCUCAUCACGCCCGCCGUCGCCGGCACGACCGGCAUCCUCGCCUCCGCCGCCGCGCACGCCGGCCCGCGCCUCCAGCGCGUCGUCGUCACGAGCUCGUGCGCCGCCGUGCUCACCCCGGGCGACGCCUCCGGGCGCGCGUUCGCGGAGGCGGACUGGAACGAGGCGAGCGUGCGCGCGGUGGAGGCCGCCGGGCGCGCCGCGCCGCCCGCGGAGAAGUACCGCGCGAGCAAGACGCUCGCGGAGCGCGCCGCGUGGGCCGCGCACGCGGCCCUCCUCGGCGCGGGCGCGGUCGACUGGGACCUCGUCGUGCUGAACCCGCCGUUCGUGUUCGGGCCGGUGCUGCACGAGGUGCGCGACGCGGUGGGGCUGAACGAGAGCGCGCGGGACUGGUACGAGUCCGUCGUGAAGGGCGCGAAGACGACGGAGCAGCUCGCGACGGUCGGGUCGUCGUACGUCGACGUGCGCGACCUCGCGCUCGCGCACGUCCUCGCCCUCCAGAAGCAGGACGCCGCGGGCCAGCGGAUCAUCGUCAGCGCCGGGCCGUUCAACUGGCAGAACUGGGUAACGAUCGCGCACAAGCUGUACCCGGAGAUCCAGGAGGGAGACACGUCCUACGACCCCGAGAAGGCUACGUACGCGAUCCGGUACGUGCCCGACAAGGAGCGGGAGCUGCUCAAGACGCCGUUCCGGUCGAUGGAGGAGACGACAAAGGACAUCCUCGACGACUUCAAGGCGAAGGGGUGGCUGUAG